AAAAAAAAAAUUCCGGUAACCCUUGGUAGCUCGUACGGCUUCUUCACAAAAUUGCCGGCCUAUGAAGAUCAUUUCCUUCAUUUAAUCAUCCAGAGUCCAGAUUCUUCAUUGCUGUACUCACAAAGCUCCAAAGUCUUGUUCUUUGCUUCUUUGUCUUUAAUUACUGCUCAUGACUAUCUCUCUCAUGGAAAAGUCGAAGCCUUUUUCUGCGUUUCUCUAAUGGGUAUUGCUAAGUACUUCGAUUUCCGCGUAGUUGAAGUUUGAGAAUUUUGGUUUGUUCUCUGAUAGUUUAACUUUGGUGGGUAGCUUUUAUUUGCUUUUUAUAGCUUCGUUCUUCGAAAUUGAAGCCUGAGCUUUUGAUUCUCAAGCUUAGUAUGAGUUCGUUUGAAUUAAUGGAGAUGUUUUCGAUGAGCUUUAAUGUUUAUGUAGUUGGAUUGGAGAGGAUCCAAGUGCUCUUUUGAUUGUUGAGGACGAAGAGAGAAGAAAUGGAUCUAUGGUUAAUCGCAGCUACUGCUGCUACAGGAUAUAUAACCAAGCAUUUGCAAAAUGUAUCAAAAGGUAAAUCUUCGUCUGAAGAUUUGACUAAUGUGAAGCUAGAGUCUCCGAGAUACUUGGCUAGUAAUGUAGUAAGAGUCAAGAAACCAAAAGAAGAAAACUUUGAGGAUUGCUUUAAUGGGGAAACUCUUGAUCUAUAUGAAUGUGGCAAUGCAUAUAAAGUGGAAGUAGAUUCGAGUAAUGAGGAGAAUUUGGGAUAUCAUGAUGAGAUUCGUUCAGGUUCUUUUGGGAACAGAGCGUUUCUUAGGAGGAAUCAGCGUCUUAUCAAGCCUUUUUCUUUGGAGAAAAGUGUAAUGUCUCGGUUACAUAGAGAGAAAGUGUCCAUGGAGGAAUAUAUGCGUAGUCUGUUUCCAUCACCUUGUGGUUCAGUUUCGAGGCCCUUGCUUGUCACUGAUGGUACAAAAGUAAUUAGCAAGAAAACUGGAGAUUCUGUUAGCCAGCAAGUUCCGGAAUGCGGGAUUCCUCAGCUUAGGAAGUUGGAAUCUUCACUUCUCUACGCUAAGAGGGGAGUUGGAAAUGCUAAGAGCGCGAGUAGAGGAUCUGAUAAUGGGAUUGGAUCAAAUGAUGCAGUGUUGCUGCUUUGCGUUGGGAUUUCAAUUGGGAUAAUGUCAUCAUUUGUAGCAAACCAAACCGAACUAAACAAAGUCAGAGCAGAGUCAAAGCAGACAGAGAAUUUGGUAAAAGAGUUUGAAGAUGAGCUCAAGAGAAAAGACUCAUUGACAGUGAAAGAUGAUUUACACAAUGGUGAAAAGAGAGUAGAGAAUUCAGAAUCUGUAAGUAAAAUUGAAGCAGAACUUGAAGCUGAACUUGAAAGGCUGGAGAUCAACAUGACUUCCUCCAACAUUGAAACAAAACUCUCAGAUGUCUUUGAGCUGGAGCCAGAGUUUGAAGUAGAAUUUGCGCAGGGCGUGCUGAUAGAUGAUCAGGUUGAAAGGCAGCGUUUUGAUGAAACCGGGUCCAACCAGGAAUGGAGUAGCAAUUCCACACCUGAAUCAGGAAACUAUAUAGUCUCACCUCGUGAGUUAAGCUUGCGUCUGCUUGGAGUUAUCAAUUCACGUUAUGAAAAACGUAUAAAAGAACUUGACAAAGCCUUACAAGAGAGUCAGAUGAAAGUGGAGCAGCUGGUCAUAGAAUCAGAGGAAAAGAAGAAACCAUUGUCAAGGAUUUGGGAAACCAAUGAAGUGAUGAAAUACAAGAGAGACUCAAAUCUUCCAGUUUCUGUAGCUGAUACCGAGAAGAAUCAUAAUCCUCCUGCAGAGAUCCAGCCUCUGGUUAUGAAUAUAGAAGGGGAAGCACUUGAUGCAUUCAAUGAAUCUUACGAGGAACUGAUGGAUAUUAACGACUAUUCAGAAGAAGAUUAUUUACAAUGUGAGAUGCAGGAGAAUGAGCGGCAAGAAGAAUUGUCUUUGACGAGCAAAAGCUCACCUUGGAGCCAUAAAGAUUACAUAAAGGAUUCUUCAAGAACUUCAGAGGAUGUGAAUUUCUCCAUACUGCAAGAUCUACUUGGUCUGAGUGACGAAGAAGAAGAUGAGAUGGAGAAGCAUCUGAUAAAGCAGAUUGUUGAGAAAACAAAGCAAGGAUCGUCUGCUGUGUUUAAUGCACAGAAGAUGCUAUUUCUCAUGGAAGAAACAGAACAAAAUCUAUAAAAAAAAAAAAAAAGCAUUUACUCAAAUUCUUAUCAUUUAUGAUGAAAGUAUUACACGUCUCUAGUUAGUGUUUGUGUGUGUAGAUAUGCAAAGAUUGGUGUAACUUUCCAUGUCAGAUCUAAACAAACUGAAAAAAGAAGAAGAUGUUUUGUCAAAUUCAAUGUAUAUAUCUUAAGAA